UUAGAUAUGUUGUCGAUACGAUGGGCCCGAAGAAAAUCCUCGAGUUCAGAAUCUGAAAGGAAUUGUUACAACGUGCAAACGUCUCAGGUGACUACUGAACGAGGUUCCAAUAAAAAAGACAAGAAAAGGAUACAGGAAGAACGGCGGCGGGUAUACGAGAAGCGAAAUUCUCUGCUAGACCGCGUGAAGAGCACUAGACUGAGCUUCUUCAAGAACCGUGAUUUCGAUUCUGACGAGAACAACGGUGAUGACAACGAUGAAGAAGCAGAACAAAGAACGCAGUUCCGUUCCAUGUGCGAGCUACGGCAUCGUGGUUUAAUUAGAAACGAGUUUCGGCGAUCGAUUUGCGAAUGCGACUUGAAAGACAUAACGGAAGACGCGGGCAAGAAUUGCGCAAGAAGAAAAAGACGUGCCAAGUCGCAAAGCAGGUCACCAUACGAGAAGCAACAGGAAGAACGAUUCUCUUUUCUAGGUUUUUGCACCUCAACACCUCAAAAGCAGUUGGAAUGGCCAAAAGAUGAACAGGAUUCAAUCCAGAAAAACUCAAUACCUUACGAUUGGAAAAGAAAUAUCAGCCACGAUCUUAUCAAGGAGAAAUGCGGCGCUAAUCAGCCCAUCAACCGGACGGUAAUUGAUACGAAAGUACUUGAACACACGACCGACGAGACGAUUUUGAAGCAAAACACACAUCGAUUCGACAGUAUCACGUCGUCCAGCUGCUUGGCAGCAAAGUUUCGCGCGAUGCAGGAUCGAUAUCUAAAGAGCUCGAAAAAUCGACUUGUGGCAAAAAUCUACAGAAAGGGCUGCAAGGACCGGCGGCAGUUGCGCAGCUUCUCUUAUGGCACGCUGUCGGGCCUCGAGGAACUGCGGACAAAUCCGCUGUACGAGGAUCAGGAUCAGGACAAUAAUGAUUCUGGAAUUCUAGACAACGACUCUGCCACCAGUUCCUUACUAGACGACAGGUGCAGCAGCGGCGCUUCUGGGCUACUGAACAGCAGUGAUCACAACGACUCCUAUCUGGGGUCACCUCUUCAACUUCCACCUAGAAGACCCAUCUCGUUCGCCAUGAUAAAUUCUAAUAAAGCCAUGCAACUGUUUGUCAGUUUGGAUACGUAUCACGACAGAACAAAAGACAUUUCCGGAACAAACUCCCAGAUCGAGGAAUAUUCAAACGUUUGCCAUCCGGCAAAUGGUACGUUGAUAGAUCGUCAAGCAACUCGAGUUGCCUUGGAGAAGACAAUUGAUAUGGAGAGAGACAGACGACUUACAAACCAAGAUUUUAGAUGGACGCAGCGCAAUUCUAAUUUGGAAGCGGUAAAGAAUACAGCCUACACCACCGAAACAAUAAUCGUAAAAUUGCCGAGGAAAAUGUCCGAUCAGCGUUUGGGAAUUUUUAUCGCAAGGAGUGCGGAAUCUAGUCCAGGUUAUGUGGUGGCGUACGUAGUACCAAAUGGACUGGCUGACAAGCAGGGCACCUUGAGAAUUGGCGACGAAAUUUUGAUAGUCAACGGUAAGCGACUGCGCGGUCUGGGCAUGGCAGAAGCUAAAAGGAUCCUAGCGGGUAACGGCAGCGGACCUGGUGACGUUCACAUUGUUGUCACAAGAUGUUCGGACAUUGAUCAGCAGAUAAAGAGAUUGACGGAAAGUAGUGUAGACUAUGAAAACGUUAAUAUAGAGGAUGAUCAUGGGAUUGUCGAGAGUUCAUCUGGAUCGUAUUUCAAGAAACAUCAAACCAGAUACUAUCGAGACAAAAAAGACGAGUCGAAUAAGUUGAUUUCAUCCGAGAAAUAUGCAACAAACAUGGAUAUCGGGCUUACGCAGAAUGUCUCCAUGUUUUGCACUCUUCCCAGAAGACCAAGAAGUACUAUAUCUACAUUAUUCACAGUACUUUUCGAAAAGGGAAUGGGGAAAAAAUCCUUAGGAUUUACCAUAGUUGGCGGAAAAGACAGCCCAAAAGGAAGCAUUGGUAUUUUUAUAAAAUCGGUACUUCCUAGUGGACAGGCUGCCGAAGAUGGUCGUUUGCGCGCAGGAGAUGAAAUUUUGACUGUGAAUGGUCAGAUUUGUCAUGACUUGACGCAUCGCGAAGCCAUACAGCUAUUUCGCAAUAUUAAAAAUGGGUCGAUUGCUUUGCAUCUCUGUAGACAAAUAAAAAAUCGCAAAUUACAAGCACCGAAAGCUAAGUCGUGUACAGAUCUUUUGCUGAUGGAUACGUGA